ACAGCUUCCACAAUGAGACCGAGGCAAAGCUGUUCCUGCAGUUUUAUGACAAAACAGCCCAGGCUGUGUUGAACCAGUUCAUGGAGGCCACGUGGAACUACGUCACCAACAUCACCAGGAAAAAUCUGGAGGAAAUGCUGCACAGGGACAUGGAGUGGUCCCAGUUUAGACUGUACUUCGGCACCCGGGCCCGCCUGUUCAAGGCCACGCAGUUCCAGGAUCCUGACGUGAGGCGCAUGCUGAGCAAGCUGCAGGACAUGGACACGGCAGCCCUGCCCCAGAACGAGCUCCAGGAGUACAACCAGCUUCUGGCCUACAUGGAGACCAUUUACAGCACAGCCCAGGUGUGCCUGAACGAGGGGCCCUGCAUGUCCCUGGAGCCCGACCUCGAGGAAGUCAUGGCCACCUCCAGGGACCAGCAGGAGCUGCUGUGGGCUUGGCAGGGCUGGCGGGACGCAGUGGGCCGCCCGCUCCGCUCCACCUUCCAGCGCUACGUGGAGCUGAGCAACCAGGCCGCGCAGCUCAAUGGUCACAAAGACAUGGGGGCCCUGUGGCGUUCCCGGUACGAGUCGGACACGCUGCAGACCGACCUGGAGGGGCUGUUCCAGGAGCUGCAGCCGCUGUACCUGAACCUGCACGCCUACGUGCGCCGCGCCCUGCACCGCCACUACGGGCCGGAGCUCAUCAACCUGCGGGGGCCCAUCCCGGCUCACCUGCUGGGGAACAUGUGGGCUCAGUCCUGGGUCAACAUCCUAGACCUGGUCUUGCCCUUCCCAAAGAAGACCCCUGAGGACAUCACCAAGAUCAUGAAGAGCCAGUACUGGAGUCCCGAGAAGAUGUUUCUAGAGGCUGAGCAGUUCUUCAUGUCCUUGGGGCUGCUCCCCGCCCCGCUCGAGUUCUGGAGCAAGUCCAUGCUGGAGAUGCCCACCGACGGGCGUGUGGUGGAGUGCCACAGCUCCGCCUGGGACUUCUACACUGGCCAUGACUUCAGGGUCAAGAAGUGCACGGAGGUGACCGUGGAAGACCUGCUGUCCAUCUUCCACCAAAUGGGCCACAUCCAGUACUUCCUGCAGUACAGGAACCUCUCUGUCCUCUUCCGGGCAGAAGCCAGCCCCGCCUUCGGGGAGGCCGUGGGGCUGGCGGCCACCCUCUCGGCCAUCUCGCACAAGCAUCUGCUCAGCAGGGGGCUGCUCAGCAUCCAGCACCAGGACGCAGAGCACGAGGUCAACUUCCUGAUGAGCGUGGCCCUGGAGAAGAUCGCCUCCGUCCCCUUCAGCUACCUGGUAGACCUGUUCCGCUGGAAGGUCUUCGACAACACUAUCCAGAAAGACGUCUACAACCAGGAGUGGUGGAACCUCAGGUUGAAGUACCAGGGCCUCUGCCCCCCGGUCCCUCGCUCGGAGGAGGACUUCGACCCAGCAGCCAAGUUCCACAUGGCUGCCGGCGUGCCCUACAUACGGUACUUCCUCAGCCUGGUGCUCCAGUUCCAGGUCCACGAGGCACUGUGCAAGGCCUCAGGCCACGGGGGCCCGCUGCACCAGUGCGACAUCUACAACUCCAAGGUGGCGGGCAAGCUCCUAGGGGAUACUCUGAAGUUGGGCUCGAGCAAGCCCUGGCCUGAGGUCCUGGAGAAGCUGACUGGGCAGUCCGAGGUGUCUACAAAGGCCUUCCUGACCUACUUCGAGCCCCUGCUGAACUGGCUGGUGACCGAGAAUGUGCAGCACGGGGACAUUCUGGGCUGGCCGGACUUCAGCUGUUACUUUGAAGACACAGGCAGGGCGACGUUCCUGAGUCUGGAGCUGGACCCCGAGCAGGCCAAGCUUGGGCAGUGGCUGCUGCUGGCCCUGGGCUCUGUGCUGUUUCUGGUGGUCCUGGGGCUGGCCUGCAGGCUCUACUUCCUGGAGAGGCAGCCCCUGGCCCCCGACAGCGACACCCUCAGCCCGCAGCCCCGUGCCUACUUCCUGGGCAAGGCCAUGGAGCCCCACCAGGCUGCCCACAGGCAGUGGCUGCUGCUGGGUCUGUGCCUGGCGCUGCUGCUCGGCUGUGUCAGCCUGGCCAUCUGGGCCUCCAGGCGGCACGGCAGGCGGCCACCGUGGAUGGGCGCCGAAUGGUGGAGCGGGGACUAG